UCUAGGUAGCCUCUCCAGGGAUCAGUUUUUGGCAGACCUUGCCGGGACAGGAAGGCAUCUGGAAAACCCCCUGGACCAGAGGAACAUCCUGCUCCUGCUCCCCCUUUUUGCUGGCAUUCAGGAGGGAGCUGUAGCUGCAGUCCAGACAGUAUCAGAGCACAAGAAUACUCAGAUCCAACACAGAGGCAUGUGAGAACUGGAUCUCACGAGCUGGUCCCUUUACUUUUCUCUUUUUGAUGGCAAAACCAGCUUCCAGGAGGAUUUGAAUGAUAUUCUCUCCUCUCUCAAACACUUCUGUGGCUGUGUUCCUCCACACAAUGAUGUCAUCAAUAUACUGUAGAUGGUCUGGAGCCUCACCCUUUUCUAGUGCAGUCUGAUCAGUCCAUGGCAGAUGGUAGGACUGUGCUUCCACCCUUGGGGCAGUCAGUUCCAGGUAUAUUGCACUCCCCUCUACGUGAAGGCAAACUGAGGCCUGCGUUCUGCUGUCAGAGGAAUGGAGAAAAAUGCAUUGGCAAUAUCAAUAGUGGCAUACCACUUCGCUGCCUUGGACUCAAGCUUGUACUGGAGCUCUAACAUGCCCGGAACAGCAGCACUCAGUGGUGGAGUCACUUCAUUCAAUGCACGGUAGUCCCCAGCACACAAAAUGAACAAUACCAGAUGACAAAACUCAUUCGCCGCUCUGAAGAGAUGACAAAUUCAGAAAGUCUCUCCUGGGGAUGGUCGCUCUGCUAUCAGUUCCUCCAGCGCUGGGAAAAGCUGCUGCCCAGAGUAGGCCCUGGUAGGCUACAAAGAACGAGCUCUCGGUGUUUCCCCGGGUCCCAGUCUGGAGCAGGUUUGAACAGUUCCAAGAAAAGGGAAAGAAAACCAAUCAAGGGAAAACUUCAACUCCCUCAGCUAGCUAAACUAACUAAAAAGCAAAGGAGUGCUGUGUUCUGCCCUGUCCAUGCCCAGACAACGCAGUGGAGUUCUGUGUUCCAGCAGACUGUGGAGGAGUGAGUGCAGGCUGAUAACAAACUCCGUGCUUCUUCUUCUCCCCACCUUUGCUCUCAGAGCCAGUCUUGAAGGCACGGAAUAUAAUAUCCGGCACAAACAGAACACACAAUUGGGGAUACAAGCAUCAUAACGUCACCCUAGGACAGUUUGGUAGCUUAGAUGAAGAAUUAAUAAUCAAUUUGAUGUCUUGCCUGUGUCAACAACACUUGUUUAUAGAAUUUGAAUAUAUGAGGCUUUUUUUAGUUAUAUCACAAGAUGAAAAGCUACAAAAACCUAAGAAAGAGUGUAUACUGCAUUUAAGGAAGAAAGAAAAAAAGGAUGAAAAGAGACAGCCCAUAUUAAAUCCCAAGUGUGGGAGCAGGGAAGAGGUGGAGUCAGACUUAGUAGCCCCCCCUCUGAGAUCUGGGCCCCGCCCACACUGCUGCCCGCACUGCCGGCGGGCGCACUUCCACCUGCGGCUUGCGGCCCUGCCCGUGCUGCUGCCUGCAGUGCUGCUCGUGGCCCCACCCGUGCGGCCGCCCACAGCACCAUCUCUAUUUCCCCCUACUCCACCAGCCGCAGCUUUAGCCGCCAUGACCCCGGCCCCAGUUCCACGGUCGCUGCUGCCUCUAAAGUUAAGGGGGAAGGCGGCUGCGGUGGGCAGUAAAGAAAGUAAAGGAAGAGGGAGGCUGGCUUUGGCAGCCGAGAAUGGCGCAGGCACCUGUGUCGACUUCUGGCUGGAUGCCUCCCCCACCUGCGCUCUCUCCCCCUCCUCCCGCCGCAGUUUCCGUCGCUCUUCUGCAGCCCCCGGUGGUCACAGUUUUGGCGACAGCAGCUGCAGUUGUUUCCCCACUGCCGCAGGCACAGACGCCCACCCCGCCUGUACUCCCCCUCCCAUUCCCACUCGCUCCUGGGUGGGUGGGGGCGGGGGGAGAGGACAGCCAGCGUGUGCAGCCAAUGGCAUCCCCCCUAGGGGUGGAGCCGGGGGCAGAGCCUUUUACAGAGAGGGCGGAGAGGGGAACUCCCAUAGGGGGAGUGGCACCCCUCCCACUCUAAGGCCCGUGAGUUUCCAUAGCAAUAUCGUGUGCUGGGGAGCUGGCUCAGGAGAUGACAUCAUCAAAGCAAGCAGGCCUGCCGCCCACUCCCUACAUUGGAGCAAAUCUUGGACAGCAAUCCCUAGUACCGGCACUGGUCGAAGAAGAUCUAACACAGCAAAUUCAACAGAGGCAGACAGCUCUCACUCAGGCAGCUCUUCUGAAGAGGAAGAUGAGAUCACAGCUGCCCUGAACAGGCAAAGGAGGGGAAAGAUAGCUAGAAGAGCCAUAAGGGAAUGUAGUCCAAUAGCCAAACGUACUAGGUCAAAAAGGGAAAAAACCCAAAAGCAUUGGUUCUGCAAGCCCCGUUAUGGCAAGCAGUUGGCAAUCAGGGGCCAAUAUAUAUAAAGGUUCCGUACUCCGUUGUGGAGUUAGAACAGUAGAAGGCUACUGUAGGCAAAUAUAAAGGAAAUCCAGAUAAAGUAGCAAAUUUAGUAGAAAGGGCAAUUAACACACAAAACCUUGACUGGACUGAUUUGAAAUCUAUGAUGGACAUAUUGCUUGAUCCCACUGAGAGACAGAUGGUUAAUAAAACUAUUACAACUGCAGUAGAGGCAAAUAUAGCAAGUGAGUUGAUCCAGGGCACCGUUGCAGAGGUUUUUCCAUCAGAUGAUCCAAAAUGGGAUCCAAAUGUGCCAGAACAGAUGGCAAAACUAAAGCUAUAUCAAAAUCUCAUGGUAUAUGGGUUAAAACAUGGUGUCCCUAAAGCUCUAAAUUGGUCAAAGCUUUAUGAAAUAGAGCAAAAUUAUGAUGAAUCUUGUUAUAGGAGCCUCCUUGAGCCAGGUCUCAUAAGCUCUUGGAGGUCUAUAUCGCACCCAAGAUAGCUCAGCUACCUUUGGAGACAUAAAAUCAG